CUCAGGUUCCUGUUGGCAUCAGAUCUCCUUGGUGAUCAUGGUUCAGAAGGUUGCAGUGAUUGGUGCAGGCCCCUCUGGUCUGACCAGCAUUAAGUGCUGCUUGGAUGAAGGGCUGGAGCCCACAUGCUUUGAAAGCAGCAAUGAUAUCGGAGGACUGUGGAGAUUCAAGGAGAAACCAGAGCCUGGAAGAGCCAACAUCUACCAGUCAGUGGUGGUCAACAGCUCCAAAGAGAUGAUGUCUUACAGUGACUUCCCUCCUCCAGCGGAGCUCCCCAACAACAUGCACCACUCUGAAGUCAUGCUUUACCUCCGCCUCUACGCUCAGGAAUUUCAGCUGCUGCAGAGUAUUCGAUUCCAGACCACCGUGGUGAGUGUGAGGCGGAGAGCAGACUUUGCCGUCAAGGGACAGUGGGAUGUGGAGACGGAGAGCGCAGAGGGUCAAAGGGAGACGAGUGUUUUUGAUGCAGUUCUAGUUUGUUCUGGACAUUACACUCGACCUCACCUGCCAUUAAGUGACUUCCCAGGUAUUGAGGGCUUCACGGGCAGGUACUUCCACAGCUGGGAAUACCGUAACUCCAACGGCUUGGAGGGAAAGAAGGUGCUGGUGAUUGGAAUGGGGAAUUCUGGGGGUGACAUCGCUGUGGAUGUCAGCCGAGUUGCACAGCGGGUGUAUCUCAGCACCAGGAGUGGAGCUUGGGUCAUGGGUCGUGUCGGACAGGGCGGUCUCCCAGGAGAUGUUGUUUGCUCCACUCGAAUGCAGUCGUUGAUUCGAAACUUGUUUCCCAACUGGAGCACCAGGGCGGUGGAGAACAAGUUAAAUGAAGCAUUUGACCACAAAUUAUAUGGUCUUAAACCAAAGCAUGGCUUCUGGGCCCAGAUUCCUAUUGUGAACGAUGACCUGGCAGGUCGGAUUAUCUCGGGUCGAGUUCAGGUGAAACCAAACGUAAAGGAGUUUUCCAGGACCAGUGUGGUCUUCACAGAUGGAAGCGUCAUCGAUGAGGUGGACACUGUGAUAUUUGCCACUGGUUACAACUACAGCUUCCCUUUCCUGCCUCCCGAAAUUCAGACCAAAUCCGGCUUCAGGCUGUGUCUCUACAAACACGUGUUCCCUCCUUCUCUGGCCCCGCCCACACUGGCAGUGGUGGGCUUCAUUCACGGCUUUGGAGCAAUCAACCCUUUAGCUGAGAUGCAGGCGCGCUGGGCUACUAGAGUUUUUAAAGGCUUAAAGGAACUUCCUUCAGAGGAAAUCAUGUUGAAGGAAAUUGAAAACGACUCUGAGGUCAUGCAUCAGAGGUUUGUGUGCUCGGAGCGCACCCCUCUACAGGUGGACUACCUUCCUUACAUGGACUCUCUGGCUGAGAAAGUGGGGGUCAAACCAAAUAUACUGGGGCUCUUUCUGAGGGACCCCAAACUGGCACUGGAGGUCUUCCUGGGGCCGUGCACUCCAUACCAAUACCGUCUGAGCGGGCCGGGACAGUGGGCUGGAGCCCGUCAGGCUAUUCUAACCCAGUGGCAGCGGGUGACUCAGCCUUUCAGAACGAGAGUGGUACCAGAACCUGAAUGUAGGGCAGCAUGUGGAUUGACUAGCUUAGCAGCUCUCACAGGAGCGGUCCUGCUGGGCUGCCUUUUCCUCUAUCAGCAUGGAUUUGUCUCGUCCUCUUGGCCUUCCUCAUUCCUCAGCUAAAGCCACAUAAGUGAGGUGUUAAGAUGUUAAAUAUGCAAGUUUUUUUUAACCUUACGAUUUUAUUCUUAUUUUUUUAAUGGCAACUAAACUAGCUGGUUUGUGCUCCAGUGCAAUCUGAACUGUGCCACUGAAAUGGAGCAUUUUAUAACUCUUAAUCUCCAAAUGACCAGCAUUUUUAUUAAACUUUUACUUCACCUGAGUUGGUUUCUUGUUUAUCCUUUCCAGAGCAUCAAUCACGUGGCUCAGCAGCUUUCAAACUGUUAUUU